AUGGUCCGCUUCAACCUGCCCACCUUUUUCGCUGCUACCGCCGCGGCGGUAGCUGCUCUCUCCACGAGCGGCGUCUCCGCUGCGUCCUUUGAGAUGCGCGCACCUACCCGCAAGUGUGGUACCACCAGCCCGCUCUCUCCCGAGCUGGAGGCUGAGGCCGCCAAGGUGGUCGAAGCUCACAGGCUCGCCCUCGAGGCCGCUCGCGCGUCUGGAAACGCGACAGACUACAGGCUCAAUGCCGCCGCCGCGUCAUCUAUUCCAGUCGUCUGGAACAUCAUUACCGACGGCAGCAACGGCGCUUUGUCCAGCUCUGCCAUCAACGGUCAGAUCAACGUGCUCAACAAUGACUACGCAAACUCUGGCAUGCCUUACCGAUUCUCUCUCUCCUCCACAAAAACCACCGUCAACAGCAACUGGUUCAAAAACGCCUACCCUGGCACCAGCGCCGAGUCCGCGAUGAAGAACGCGCUCAGGACUGGCGGUGCUAGCACUCUGAACCUGUACUCGGUUGACUUGUCAGCUCAGGGACUCCUCGGCUAUGCCACCUUCCCCAGCGACUACUCCAGCAAGCCCAAGUUUGACGGUGUCGUGUUCGAGUACCGCUCUGUUCCCGGAGGCAGCUUGGCUCCCUACAAUCAAGGACGAACCCUCACUCACGAGGUUGGCCACUGGGUCGGUCUCUACCACACCUUCCAAGGAGGAUGCUCCGGAGCUGGCGACUCUGUCAGCGACACUGCGCCCGAAGCCUCUCCUGCUUCAGGAUGCCCCACUGGCCGCGACACUUGCUCCGGCGGUGGCGUCGACCCAAUCACCAACUACAUGGACUACUCUGACGAUGGCUGCAUGAACAACUUUACCGGCGGCCAAGUCACUCGUGCCAGCGGUCUCACUCGCCAGUACCGUGGCGUCUGA